AUGACCGACCAAACUAACUCCGGUAACCCACCACCGGACGCCUCCUCCUCGCUCCCACCUCAACCACCACUGCUGAUACCAAACCUACCAGAUGACGUCGCACUCCAAUGCAUCGCUAGAGUUCCACGGUCCUACCACCGCUCCCUCUUACUAGUCUCCAAGUUAUGGCGAUCCACCAUACGCUCCCCACACUUCUUCGCCACCCGUUCCCUCAUCCGUUCGACACAACAGUCCCUCUACCUCAACAUCCGCCACAACUCUUCUUUCAAGUGGUAUUAUCACCCAAACCCUAACCCUACCGAUAAAGGCAUCUUAUAUCCUCUCCCGCCCAUCCCAACUCAACCCGUCGGUUCUGCAUAUGCCGUACUCGGCCACAAAAUAUACCUAAUCGGCGGUUCGAUUAACGAUAUUCCUUCGACAUCUGUUUGGGUUCUCGAUUGUAGGGUUAAUAAAUGGGAAAUUGGGCCUAAAAUGAGAGUUGGGAGAGAGUUUGCAGCUGCAGCGACGGUAAAUGAGAAGAUAUAUGUGAUGGGUGGAUGUUUGGUGGAUAAUCGGACUCGGUCGAUUAAUUGGGCGGAGGUUUACGAUCCGGCGGUGGGGGUGUGGUGCCCGCUACCUAGCAGUUCGGUUGAGGCAAAGGACAAAUGGAUGCAUGCUAAUGCUGUUAUAGAUGGUAAGAUUUAUGCGAUGGCAGACAGGGGCGGAGUGGUUUAUGAUGUGGCGGAGAUGGAGUGGGGGAGAGUUCCGAAGAGGCUCGACAUGGGAUGGAGGGGGCGAGCUGCAGUUGUAGAUGGGGUUUUGUAUUGCUACGAUUAUUUGGGGAAAAUCAGAGGGUAUGAUGUUGAGAAGGAUGCUUGGAAGGAGUUAAGAGGGGUGGAGAAAGGGUUACCGAAGUUUUUAUGUGGUGCAACAAUGGUGGAUUUGGAUGGGAGGUUGUGUGUUGUGUGGGAAUGCAAAGAGGGUGGUGGUGGUGAGAAAGCAAUUAUGUGUGCAGAGAUUGAAGUUUAUACGGAUGAAGAUGGAGGAUUAAGCGUUGUGACUUCCAUUAUAUUACCAGAGAUCUUGAACUAUUCCCCUUGCAAAAGGAAUGAUCUAGAUAUGGUUCUUAUCCUCAAGGUAUACAUACAGAUCUUUGGGGAAUUAAGAGCUGAAGCAGUAUUGUUGAUUGUUAAAAAAAUGUGAAUGUAUAUCAUCUUGUCUUGAUUACAAAUAAAAAGCCUUUUGUUGAAAUGUUGCAAAGGCUACUUGUAUUUCUUACAUUUGGUUUGUUGUACAUAUUUUGUGAACUUCUACUUCAAGUGUGAUGAGCCCUCAAUCCUCAUUCAUCUUGACAUUGCUCAAAUUUAUAUUCAAAUGGUUUAAACUUAAAUCACCAUUUUUAAGGGUUGUGGAAGUGUGAAAUUGCAUGAAAAAACACUGAAUAGUGGAAUAUUUUCGAAGUCAG